AUGUUUGUGGCAAAGGUUCCGCUUAGCAUUCGAGGACAGCCGAGUUUGAAUGCCAUAAAGCCGUCUGCGACCGCGCCCAAGCGCCGGAAGCUUUCGUUGUUUGCAGUUGCGGCUCCUCGUCGCUCGAGCGAACAGGCUUCUACUUCAGCAAACUCGCCUCUGCUUCCGAGAAACGAUAAGGGGGAACCGUGGGUGGUACAGAGAUCACGUCCUCGCCGGAAUCGCAAGACAAAUGCGGUUAGAGAAAUGGUGCGUGAGAACGUCGUAUCACCGGGGAACCUUGUGUAUCCUGUCUUCAUUCAUGACGAAGACCACGAUGAAGAUAUCGACGUGAUGCCUGGAUGCAAGCGCCUGAGCAUCCAGAGUCUGCUGAAACACGCAGCGCAGGCUCUGGAUUUAGGAAUUGGCCACAUCAUUCUCUUCCCCAAAAUCGAAGAGCAUCUGAAAAGCAACACCGCGGAUGAAUGCUACAACCCGAAAGGUCUUGUUCCCAGCGCAAUUAAGGCGCUCAAAGAGAAGUUCGGCUCUCGAAUCACUGUCUGGACGGACAUCGCUCUGGACCCAUACUCUGAUCAGGGCCAUGAUGGCAUUGUAAGCAACGAUAGUUUAGGAGACGGCGGCUGUGCCAGAAUCUUGAACGAUGAGACUGUCGAGCAACUCUGCCGUCAGGCGCUCUGCCACGCACGGGCUGGAGCCGAUAUCGUUGCACCCUCGGAUAUGAUGGAUGGCCGCGUCGGGGCAAUUCGUGACGCCCUUGAUGAAGAGGGGUUCACGGAUGUCUCGAUCGUUUCCUACGCUGCGAAGUACGCCUCCUCAUUUUAUGGACCUUUCCGAGGUGCGCUUGAUUCUGCUCCACGGGAAACAAGUCGGGCACCGCGGGAUAAAAAGACAUACCAAAUGGAUCCGGGAAACGCGAGGGAAGCGCUUCGUGAAGCAGCGGCUGACCUCGAGGAAGGGGCAGACAUGCUUCUCGUGAAGCCUGGAGUUCCCUAUCUCGAUAUCAUUCACCUUCUUUACGAUGCCUUCCCUGUUCCCAUCGCCGCCUAUCACGUCAGCGGUGAAUAUGCCAUGAUCAAAGCAGCAGCACAACGGGGAUGGAUAGACGAGAAGCAGGUCGUUUUGGAAACCUUGUUAAGUUUGAAAAGAGCAGGUGCUACCUCUAUUCUCACGUACUACGCACUAGAGGCAGCUAAAUGGAUGCAGGAAUAA